AUGCCCACGAACCCCCCUAAGCGCCGUAAAGGAAAAGGAGGGUCGGAGCCGCGGCUGAAGCUCGUGGCCCCGGAGCCCCCAUGUGAGGAAGGGGAGUUGAACUGGGCCUGGGAUCCUAUUAGUGCCGCGGCCCCGUCCUUUGGCAGGGUGGACCCCCCUUCUAUUACGCUGUCGGAGGCCCCCCUGUCCAUCCAGUGGGACCUCCGCGAGGCCGCCCCCCUCCCUCUGCACGACCCCCACCGCCACCCCCCCUAUGAGCGACUGGUCGAGACGUGGGAGAAGGCCCAAACGGGGCUGCGGGCCGCCGAGGCCGAGGCCCGCGCCACGCAGGGUCUUCUGGAGGACUUCCGCGCCCUCGAACAGGCGGAGAACACACACGAGGCGGCCGCGCAAACCCGCCUCGCCAACGCCCUCACCACCUUACGGAAGGAGAUCGGCGAACUGGACGACGCCCUCAUCGCCGAGCUAACCGCAAGCGGGGAGGAACUUUUGGACGAAAUCGCUGAGGAGCUCCGGGGGCUUACCGAGCUCGCGGCGAACGAUCGCACGAUCAAGGCAAGCUUUGCAGAGCGAACCGCCAGCCUGGCGGAAUGCGAAAGGGUGAAGGACGCCUACUACGACGAGCAUCAAACCGCAGUCCGAGAGAUUCGGCGUCUAAGGGAAGAAACCAAUACCAUCCACAACCAGGAGUUGAACGAGAUGGUGGCCACGCUAAUGCGGACCUCCGAGGAGCUGACGGCAUCCCUCUUCACAGACUCCACGGAAGGCGGUGUGGGUUCAACAACCGGCAAGGAUAGAAGUUUGGGAUCGGUGAUUCAGGGCGAUAAAAGCCCGGAAUACCUUGUGAAUGAUCUGAUUAAAUUAAAUCGCGAAUCAAGCGCUGCUCAACAGCACCAGACGGAGGCCAUUCGCUCUAAAGCAUAUCUCCAGCGCCUUGUGACGAUGGAGAAAAGGCAGUUGGAGGCCGCCAAAUCGCGUAAUGAGCUGCUUAAAAGGCAGUUGGAGGCACUUAAAAAAGGCCCCCCGCAACCCGCUCCCCUUCAUCCUAUCCAAGAAGUUAUCGUGGGAGGCGAAGGCGAGAUCCCACACGACAGGGAAAAAAGCGGGAUCAAUCAACUCGCAGAGGCACGGCGGCAGCUAAACUACAUCACUAAAGAGUGUGCGGAGGCUGAAGCCUUGUUUAACCAGCUCCGUCAAUAUCAUUUCUCACAGUUUGGUGGAUUCUACUACCCCACUAAGGCUUCUGGGGUAAUCAAACCAACCGCACAAACCUAUUUGGAUCCCACCAUUGGUGCCGCCAUUCGCCAGGUCGUUAUCGAGGCUACCAUUGAGCUGAAUGAUGCCUUCAUAGGGGCUUUUGGAGACCCUGAUAAUGUCGAAGGAGGGAAAUGCUCGGUUUUGGAAGGCCUCAAAAGCAUCACCUCGCUUCGAAAACGAAGGGCAGUUCAAAACUAUGUGGUGAGGAAAAUUAACAAUCUUUUUAAGUAUGGGAACCUAAAUCUACCACACGCUGCUAAAAUAUCAAUGUAA